AUGUCUCGUAAAACUAUAAUAGCAAAUACUAAUAACAGUCUCAAUGCUUCAUUUUUAUCAAGUAAUGAUAAAGUAAUGCAAUACUUACAAAAUUCAGGGCAUUGUUCAACAAAUACCCAUAUUAACAAUAAUAAUAAUUAUAAUGAUAAUCCAUUACUUGAUCAUCAGAAAACAUCUUCACAUGCACAUGAUUUAUUUUAUGUAAAAGAUACACUUAAGAACACUAAUCAUUAUCCAUAUCAACAUCGUAUGCAUUCUUGUUCAGAAAAUAGUUCACCAGCAUCUAAUAUUGAUACAUUAUCACGAUUUGAUAUUACUUGUGCUUCUAGUUUGUUUAAUGUCGGUAGACGGUGUAGUACGUUUAGUUCAAAUACAUCAUCAUCCGGUAUAUGUAGUACGUUUUCUGACAUUGAACAUGAAGAAAGUACAUCAACACCACCAGACGACUUUGAUUUUAACCUUGGCUUUGAGCAGAUUAGUGAUAAUGAUGAGUUUGAAAUAGAUGAUCUUGAUGAAAUCGACGAAUAUGAUGAAUAUGAACAAAAUGAAAGAAAUAAUCAACGAAUCUCAAAUAAGAAUAGUGAUAAAGUAACAUUACUCGAUUCUGGUGAAUCAAAUUCCGAUGUAUGCAAUAAUGAAUAUGAAGGAUUUCUUCAUAAAUCUUAUAAUUCAACAACUCCUAAUGAUAAUAUUGCAUUUAGUAAUGAUCAUCAAAUAGAACAUAAACAAAUAAAACAACAAAAACAACAACUGUGUGCAUCGUUACUACAUGAUUCAACACAUACAUUGAAUUCAUCAGUUCGUUCUUCAGUGUAUACUGAAAGCGAUGAUAAUGAAAAAGAUAAAGUAGCACAUGCUAUUGGCACACGUUCGAAUUCAUUGGGUAUUGCUGUAUUAAAUAAAAAAUCAGCUUUAUUGGAUAAAACAUCAAAAAAAGUUGUUCGUUUCGCCGAUACGUUGGGUCUUGAUCUAGAAUCUAUUCGUUAUAUGACUCCACCAGAUCAAUCAGCAAAUUCACUUAUUCAAGAAUGUAUCCGAAAUAAACUUGAACAAUUAUGGGUAGUCAAAGGUCAAUCAAAUUCAUUAUCUACAUCUCCAUGUCCUUUUGGCCUUUCAAAUGUUUUUAAUCGAUCGUCUCCAUCUACAUCUUUCAAUGCCUCUAAAAAAUCAACAAAUCAAUAUUAUUUAGUUUCAAAAUACUUUACUUCUAGAACAAAAGUUUUCCCGUUAAUAUACGAACAACAAGUAAUGCUUGAAUGUUUAUAUACAAAAGAUUCAAUAGCAUAUGGAACAGUUCGUGUCCAUAAUUGUGCUCAUGACAAACGUGUUUUUGUUCGUAUUAGUAAAAAUGAUUGGAAAAACUUUCAAGAUAUAUAUGGAUUGCAUUCAAUGAAUUGUCCAAAUGACAUUACAGAUACAUUUAUAUUUGAAAUACGUCUAGACAAAUAUGAUGAUAAAACAUCAGUUCCCAAACAAAUUUAUUUUGCCAUUUGUUUGCAAACCAAUAAUCAAGAAUUUUGGGAUAAUAACUGUGGACGAAAUUAUGCGUUAGAUGUACUUGAAAGGUAA